CUCGCGCAUGCGCAGGGUCGUCUACCUGUGCCUGGGCUGCCUGUGACCCGGGCCAGGUCUGCCGGGUGGGCUGAUUGCAGAGGAGGCGGAGGGUGGCGCGGCGGGAGGGCGCCGACUCCCGGAGGCCGCUGUCGGGGCGAGGUGAGGGCUGGCGGGCUGAGGCGGGCGCUGCGGUCCGUUAGCCGAGAGCAGGCGGGGUCGGGUGUGGCGCAGGGCGGGCCUGGAAGUGGAGCCCCCUACACCCCGGCCCGUCCGGCCCUCUGGCCCGGUUUAGCUCUCCAGGGCUUCUUGGGGCUUCCCGAAGUCUCGGCUCCCCUUUCCGCCGCCAGCUGCUCUCCUGACUCCAGGACGACCCAAGGUGCGAGCCUGUGGGAACCCUCAGUUGCCAGAUGCCGGUGGAGCGCUGCCCACAGUGAGAGGAGACGGGGUGUCCUCAUGACUUCUCUUGCGGACCAUGUCCUUGAUCCUUUUUGCCUGCGUGGUAAGGGUGAGGGAUGGACUGCCGCUCUCAGCCUCCACUGAUUUCUACCACAGCCAAGACUUCCUGGAAUGCAGGAGACGCCUCAAGACUUUAGCCUUGCGACUGGCCCAGUAUCCAGGUCGAGGUUCCGCAGAAGGAUGUGACUUCAGCAUCCACUUCUCUUCUUCGCGGGACGUGGCCUGCAUGGCUAUCUGCUCCCUCCAGUGUCCAGCAGCCAUGGCCUUCUGCUUCCUGGAGACGCUGUGGUGGGAAUUCACAGCUUCCUAUGACACCACCUGCGUCGGCCUCGCCUCCAGGCCAUAUGCCUUUCUCGAAUUUGACAAUGUCAUUCAGAAAGUGAAGUGGCAUUUUAACUAUGUAAGUUCCACCCAGAUGGACAGCAGCUUAGGAAAAAUUCAGGAGGAACUCAAGUUCCAGCCACCAGUGGUUCUCACCCUGGAAGACACAGAUGUGGCUAAUGGGGUGAUGAACGGACACACACUGAUGCACCUGGAGCCAGCUCCUAGUUUCCGAAUGGAACCAGUGACAGCCCUGGGCGUCCUUUCCCUUAUUCUCAACAUCAUGUGCGCUGCCCUGAACCUCAUUCGCGGAAUUCACCUCGCAGAACAUUCUUUACAGGUUGCACAUGAAGAAAUUGGAAAUAUUCUGGCUUUUCUUAUUCCUUUUGUAGCCUGCAUUUUCCAGUGUUAUCUGUACCUGUUCUACAGUCCAGCCAGGACUACGAAGGUGGUGCUGAUGCUGCUCUUCAUUUGCCUGGGCAACAUGUACCUGCAUGGGCUGAGGAACCUCUGGCAAAUCCUCUUCCACAUAGGAGUGGCUUUCCUGUCUUCGCAUCAGAUACUGACAAGGCAGCUUCAGGACAAGCAGUCUGACUGUGGAGUGUGAGGCUGAGGCCGUGGGAUGGACGGAUCCUUUGAUUUUCCUUUGAGGGUCAUCGGCGUUUCCCCUUUUACUCCUUGCUUCACCUCAAGUUUCCAUCCUUGAAGUUCCUUUCAACCAAAGCAGACUGAUCCUGAGAACCAAGAUUUUUUUCACCGGUGCAGUGGGAAGCAUGAAGUUGCUGGGCACCUGGUCUCGGUUUUCUGUGAGAGUUACUGCAGAAUCUCCAGUUCAGCACUUUGGACAGCAGAAUCUGGGAGCCCAGUCAGAAAGCGCAUUACUGGAAGACCAACAUAGAAUGAUUUUGGUCUUUUACGUUGAGUGAUGCAAUAAACCAGUAGAUUCAGUA